UGAUUGAGCUGUGGAAUUUGAUGGAUACACCGGCGGACGAGCAACAAAAAUUUCAUGAUUUUACAAGGCACAUAGCAGCUUCAGAAAAUGAAAUAAAUGAGCAUAAUGUUCAGUCUGCGGACAGUCUUCAACAUCUAUGGAAAAAAUAAACUAACUUUUCUCCAAUUAAUUAUUAUAUGCUGUUAAUUUCUAGCAAAAAUUGAGGGUACCCUAGUCUAGUUGUGAUGUUUUCAUAGCGGUAAUGAAAUUAUCGCGAUCCUAUAAUUCUUC